ACUGUUUGAUCAUUGACCGUUUAACUAUGUACAAUAGUCAAAGUGCAUAUGAAUCACUUGCUGAUGUAUGCGUCAAUUCGGCGAUGGCAAACAUCCGAACGAUGACAGUGGAUCAGCUCAACGAUCUUCUCUACAAUGAAUCACGUCUCGAUGCUUUGAUUGACAAUCUUCCUCAGAUCCGAUCUCUCCCAACUGAACGCGAAGCAGGACUUGCGCAGAAUAAAUCCUUGGCCGAGUGGAAUCUAGCACAGGAACCGAAGCUCAAUCAACUACGAACGCAGGUUUGUGUUUGUCUCGAAAAUUUUGAAACUGAGAAAGAUGAGGUCUCAUCUUCCAAAUCACUUGAUACGACAAGCAAUUUGCUUCAAGUUGCAGCUCAGGAAGCGGAUGAUGACGCUGAGAACACAACUAAGGCUUUUCUUGCUGGAACGAUUCCUGCCGAACAGUUCUUAAAGGAUCUCUUAGAGAAAAAGACAUUAGCUCAUAUACGGAAAAUUAAAUCAGAUCGUUUGAUCACGAUAUUGAGAGAUCAACAAUAUGCUCAAGCUGCGCCUCCAUUACCUCCUCGCACUGCACCUUAUCCAGAUGUCCCAGCAGGACCCAGCAGACUUGCACGGCCUGUACUUGUUGUAUGUUUACGAGUGGUCUUGAUCAGUCAAAUGUUGUCUAGGUGUCGCCCUUUGUACAGGAGUGUAUGUCGUCAGUUUGCUACCCUUCGAGAAAUGGCAGGUCCACAGGACGCUGAAAUGUUAUACGAACCCAAAUUCCCUGAUACCAGGGAAUAUCCUGAGUACGACUUGUUAAAUGUACGGUUACAAGGAUACGAUUUCACCUAUUUGGAAAAGUUUCAAGCAUAUGUUGAUAGGAUGGCUCGAAGGUUUAAUUUCAAGGUGGUCGAUAGCUAUGCUGUAGCCGCGCAGACACAACGCGUGGUAGUAUACAAACCCAAUAGCACUGCUAUUGACACUGAAGUGAAUUUAUCUCUUUACGAUCGUGUUGUCCGGCUAAGUAAUGUACCUGCUCCACAACUUCAACUUUUCAUCACACUUAUCCAAACUCAUGUACCUGUUGGAGUCACAGUCACUUUCAAGCAACACGAGAAGGCGGAUGAAGAUUAUCGAUAUAUCCCUGAUAUACUUCUGAAGCAGAAGCAAGAAGAGCUCAAAUCCCUCGAUGAUCCCAUAGUUAGAAGGAAUCUCGGUUGGGAAUAA